ACACGACAGAACAAAUUCUUAAGAUAAAAUGAUUUUUAGAGAAUACAAUCCAGUUAUUGAAAAUCUUGCUCAAAUUCGUAUUUCUUCUCCGAUCUACUGAACGCCAUGCAUUCAGAUGGAUGGGAGUAUUUGUUAACAUUCGAUUGGACUUACAGUAAAGAAUUGAUUUUAGAUAGAAAGAAAUUAUUGGUAUAUUGUCAGGGCAUACAAUACAUGAUGUAUCUUUGUCUAUUGCAAAGGUUCCUGUUUUUAUAAAACACCGGAAAUCAUGGUGGGAAUUUUUUUCAGAAAAAGCACGUUGUAUCCUUUGAUGCCCUGGGAAUACGGAUACGCUUUAUAGGUGUAUUAAAUCGUGCCACUCUGGUCCCUAGUAUUCAAUAGGGGAAAUGAUUAAACGCUGCCGUAGAGGUGAUUAUAUGGUUGAAAUAGCGGACGCGCAGUACAUACACGCACGGACGAUUGUUAACAUUAGGUAUUUUACGGCAAGAAUGGUCAGGAGAUAGCACAUAAUAAUGCAUCAAAUGACGUGAAAUAUUUUGUUUUUAAUGUUUUUUAGACCCCUUGAGAGAAAUAUGUAUAUCACGUGACCUAAUUGGAGACAAACUUCUAUCCAUAGGGGAGACAAUAGACGUGGCAAUGAAGAAACGCCAAUGAAUGCCGAGAUUUAUACCCAAUGCUUCCUCACCUCUGCUAUAAGCCUUUAGACGUGAAAAACAAACAUGCACUGGCGGAAUUGAUAGAAGAUCAGCGGUGAACAUUAGAUAUAUUAUCAAUAUUUUCAAAACAUGUUUUUUGAAAUAAUCAAAGCAUCGGUGUGACAAUUACGGGAUUGUCGGAGGAGAGUACUCGAACGCUUGUGAAAAUGUUAGUCUAGUGUGCUUCUCUGUCAAUGGACUUCCGAAUACACAACCAAGGCCAGAAAACAGCGGUCAGAAAGGACUGUUUGUAGAAAAGAUCUACUGUGCACAUAGAACCUGUGAGCAAAUAGACAGUCUAAAUUCUAACCAAUCUGGAAUGUUUCGCGUAAUAAGUAUGUAAAAUAAUAAUAUCCCUAUAGGGAUAAAAUCUACAAUCGAUGAUAUGGCGGAUUAGAGUGCUAUAUAACACAUGACAGCUGGAAUCCCCCCGAAUUGAUAACUUUGAAAGUCAAGAUUGUCCCCAUUGACUGUCAAAAGACUUGUAAGGCAAAAGGGCAUUGGUUCUGCUUUUAAAGAACACAUGUUUGUCCUGUUGAUAAACCAGAGACAUUAUUGGUUAUACAAACACUGAAAAAAAACCUAGAUAUUGACGACGUUGGAUUUGAGAGUCCAUCACAAUUGACAUGCCGUCCAAUGCAAUGUCUCGUACCAACACACAGCACUCUGAAUACGGAGCACUGGGCUCCACAAAAACUGGGCCACAGAUGUGGAAGUCCUCGAUGGAGUACCUCAGCAAGAAAAAACAGUUAAAGUCUGACAUCUUUCAUGCUGAGUACGAUCAGAAGCUUCUGAGAUUAAAAGCUAUUUUGAUGCUGGACAACCAAUCGGAGAGCGAAGCGAAAGCUAGUAAACUGAACAGAACGGAACAGACGGUGCUGGACACGGUCAAAUCUCAGGUCUGGAAGGAGAGUCUCAACUAUGAGAGGCAAUAUGGCCAAACUGUCCGUCAGUUCCGAGCACAUUCAGCGCGUGUUUUCCGGCCGUCUGUGUCUCAUCCUUUAAAUGGAAUCAACAGAUCCCCAACCUUCUCCGUGGAUUCGUUUCCAAAAGAGAAGUUACUGCGUCGUCGGAAGUCUCAAAACCGGGAUACUGCAACACCUAAUUCCUGCGUGACCUGUGGGAAAAUUCAAGGAGUUAUCAAAGCAUACGAAAAGGAAACAUCGUAUCAUAGUGAUUUCAAAAAGAGUCCAGAAAGAAACGAAUCCCGAGUUCACCAAACAGUAUGUCUGUUCAACGACAAGCAAAUGAAGACUUUUAUUCAGUGUUUGGAAACAGAAUAUUGCAAUGGAAUGCCAGAUGUGACGCAGAUGAUUCAGGAUUCCAAAUUUUACCUUCAGCCGUACCCUGGUGCCACAAGCGGCAGGGAAAGGCCAAGGUCAUAUCCAUUGGAGAUGAUUAGGUUACGCGACAGGGUAGCCACUUUCUGUAAAAAUCAGGAUAGAUUCAAUAAACUGCAUCCUAUACCGGGAUGUGUGAAAAACGAGACUGACAAAGCCAGGAUAGAUCAGGCUGUGUCUGUCAGAAAAAGACGAUAAGGACGCUAUACCAGCCAUUCUCGGGGGGGGAAAACGCGCCAUUUUCCACCCCAUGUUCCUUGGGUGAAUUUGGCACAUUGUGCAUUUUGAUUGGGCGAACAGCAUUUCAAACAUAUGGUUAUAUCCUCCACCAUGCGAUACGUUGGCCUUAUACAAGUGCUAUUUUUUUUUUUUUUUUUUUUGCAUCUUCAGCCAUACAACACGUGUACAUUGGCCCUCAUUUCAAGUGUUAUUUUCGUAUUUUUUCGCUAACAUUCUGGAUGCUGUUAUAGUCAUAACGUAUAAUGUUAGCGUAGGUAAGUUUUAAGAGGGCCAUUUUAUAUAACAUGAAUUUGUAUACAAUUGAGGUUAUGCUUUGUUUAUGUACUCGUGUGUAUUGUAGAUGUAUGGAAAAAAAACCCUCCUGAUUAAAACUAUUGCUAAAAUAGC